AUGGCCGGCUUCGUGGUCAAUCAGCUGCAGCUGUCGGCUUCUUCAGAAACCAUUCAACAUGGCUAUCUGCACACAGAUGAUGAUGGGCACUUCCUGUGGCCACCAGCGCACGCCACCCCUGACGAGUUCUCCCCCGAUACACGAUUCCGUGAGCUACAGCAGGAACUCCGUACGAUGCUCUUCGCUGAAGCACCAAGCCUCCUCAAUACGAGAGCUUGUUCACCGCUUUCGACCCAGAUCGACGCAGGCAGUGACGCAGCCGCAGAGUAUCCCCGAGAGGAGCCGGAUUUCGGACGCACGUCCAUCUCCAAGUCGAGACUCAUCAAGUACCUGACACAUUGGAUCACGGAGAGUGCGCCGUGCCUGGACAAGUUCGACGAGGCCCAGCAUUUCGCGGUGGAAAUCCCCCUCCUGGCCCGACGCUCGCCGGCGCUGCUCUAUGCCAUCCUGGCAUUUUCCGCUCGACACAUGGAGAGGAAGCUAGGCGCACAGAAGACUUACGACAGUCUUGAACUCUAUCAAGAGUCGAUUGCUCUACUAGCUGCGGGGCUGCAGGCGAGGGAUGCGAAUAUGGUCGCCGUCGUCUGCAUCCUAGCCUGCCUGGAGCUCAUGUCGGAUAGCUCGUGGGAUUGGAGAAGACAUGUCGAGGGCUGCGCCACUCUGCUCGGCCUCUUCAACGUCCACGGCUUCUGUGGUGGGCUCCUACAAGCCGUCUUCUGGUGCUACGCUCGUAUGGAUGUCUGCGGUGCGGUUCUUGCCCACGGAUCGGAGAGCACCGUCCUUCACAUCGACCAGUGGCUGGCGCCGGCGAGGCUGCUGAUACACCCGCUGGCCCGGCGUGAAGAGAUGGUACGGCAGAUGUUUGAGCAGCACAGCGCGAACAGCCCAGACAUGUAUGGAAACUGGGCCAUCUACCUGUGUGCGAAAGUCACCGACCUAAGUUACCGUCGAACAAGCUUGCUGGAAUCGGACCAAGCAGAUCAAUACGACACUCGACCCUUUGAAGCCCAGUGGCGGCGGCUUUGGACUGACCUGCAGCAUUGGUAUUCUCACCGGCCGCCGGCGAUGCAGCCCGUCACGUCGGCCGCCGGCGCCGGCGACGAGCUCUUUCCAGACAUUCUAUUCGUGCAUCGCGCCGCCAUCUCGAGCAACCAGUCCUACCACACGGCGUGCAUCUUGAUGCUCGAGCUCCAUCAGCCACGGACUGAGAUGGCCCCGACAUCCUCGCAAGAUUCGACCAUUUGGCACGCACGACGAGUCUGUGGGAUCUCCCUGACCAACCCACACCGCGGGAACUUGAUCAACGCGAUCCAGCCGCUCUGUCUGGCCGGCAGGUACUUUACGCAUCUGGACGAACAUCUCGCGGUGGCGCGACUGUUGAGACUCAUCCACGAAAGUACGGGAUGGGGCUCGCUGGGGAGGAUCCGAGAGCUCGAGAUCCUGUGGGGGUACGAGCCGGGAACGCUCCUGUCAAUCCUGAAGGCCAAUGACGAACCGCAACGGACACCAUGA